GGAAUCGGCAAAGAGCCACUCCUCCCUCAGAGCCACCACACGUUCGAGACCUUUUUUGGAAAACAGCUUCACCAUCCACUAGCUUCCCGUGUCUUUUUGGGAAAAAGUGAACCAGGUCUUUGUCUGAUCAUCGUUUGAUUCAUUCUAUCUUACUCUCUAUCUCUCUUCCUAGCAGCAACACAGUCAUGAAGGCUCUCAUCCUCGUUGGUGGUUUCGGAACGCGGCUCAGACCAUUGACCCUGUCAUGGCCCAAACCGCUGGUCGACUUUUGCAACAAGGCUAUGAUUCUGCAUCAGAUAGAGGCUCUUGUCAAGGCCGGAGUCAAAGACAUCGUCCUCGCCGUUAACUAUCGGCCCGAAGUCAUGGUCUCCGUCCUGAAGAAGACUGAAGAGGAGUUUGGCAUAAAAAUCACUUUCAGCGUCGAGACAGAACCUCUUGGAACAGCUGGACCCCUCGCCCUCGCUCGAGAUAUCCUCGGUAAGGAUGACUCUCCCUUCUUUGUCCUCAACUCGGAUGUCACCUGUACCUAUCCUUUCGAGGCUUUCCGUGACUUCCACUUGUCCCACAAAUGCGAGGGAUCCAUCAUGGUCACCAAAGUCGCCGAGCCCUCAGCUUACGGUGUCGUCGUCACAAAACCUGGCAGCACCGCGAUAGAUCGAUUUGUUGAGAAGCCUGUCGAGUUUGUCGGUAACAGAAUCAAUGCGGGUAUCUACAUGUUCAACCCAUCUGUCCUGGAUCGAAUCGAGCUCCGCCCGACCUCGAUCGAGAAGGAGAUCUUCCCUCAGAUCGCUGCAGAUGGUCAGUUGCACUCGUACGACCUCGCUGGAUUCUGGAUGGAUGUGGGACAACCCAAAGAUUACAUCACAGGCACAUGCCUCUUCCUCUCUCACUUGACAUCUCAACACUCGCCUCUCCUUUCCGACCCAUCCAAGAACAAAUGGGUGUAUGGAGGAAAUGUUCUCGUCGACCCUACUGCCGAGAUUGACCCCACUGCCGUUAUUGGACCCAACGUUGUCAUUGGACAAGGCGUCAAGAUCGGACCCGGUGUCAGACUCCAACGAUGCGUCAUUCUUUCCAACGCUGUCGUGAGAGAUCACGCUUGGAUUGCCAACAGCAUUGUCGGAUGGAACAGCAAUGUCGGUCGAUGGGUCCGAGUGGAGAAUAUCACCGUUCUUGGUGACGAUGUCACCAUAAAAGACGAAUUGUACGUCAACGGAGCUUCUGUGCUGCCUCACAAGAGUAUCUCCAGCAGCAUCACCGAGCCCCGAAUUGUCAUGUAAAGAGAAGAAACUGAGGACGAUCUAAAACCAUGUCUUUGGUCACAGGACGACUUGAUGGACACUUGCUUCUUUUUCUUCGGUCUACGCAAUGUCCUUGCUCAUUGACCAUUCUCCUCUUCCAUACCAUCAUUCAUUCUUCACUCUUUGUCCCCCGUUGGGCAUUCUCCCUUGCAAACGGAUCACUAGUCUCCUAAGCAGCCCCUUUUACCAUGCAUACAUUAUAGACCUCU